AUGGAUAAUACAAUGUGUCGAAGGUUUGAUACAUUGAGAAACUAUUUACCCGAUGAAUUAGACAAAACCGCACUUGAACUAGAAUCUCUUAGUAGUUUAAAUAAUUAUUGCUCUAAUGGAGAAUCAGAGGAAACAAAAUGUAAGACUGAUCUCGAUAAAAUAAAUGCUGGAUUUUUAUGGUUGUUUGACCAAUUGUUUGUGAAAAAUAAAAAAGAUGAUAUCAAUAUUGCUGAAUACAUUAUCAUAUGGUUAAGUUAUAUGUUAAACCUAAAAAAAGAAAGCAAAAUCACCAAAUUAAACGAUUUUUAUAGUAAUUAUAUAGAAAUUAAUACGCAUUAUACUAAUUGCAAUAAUGAUAGUAGAGAUCCUAGUAAGUCAUUAAAAGGAAUAACGGGAUAUAACAAUUAUAAGGAAAUCAUAGAUAAAAAAAAGGAAUUGUUCAAUAUUAACUCUGAGUAUAUGUCUAAAUUUUAUGAUGCAUUUAAAACAUUAUGUAACAUGUAUACUGAACUUGAUGCAAACAAGCCAAAUAAUAAGAAUUAUUUAGAUUGUGCUAAAAAAUUUGUUGAAAAAUAUAAAAAAUUUAAUGGCGAUUCUAGAAUUAUUGGAGAUAAUUCAUAUAAACAAAUAUUGUCUACUUUAUCAAAUGAUUAUAAUAAUUUUAAAAAUUUUUGUAGUAGUAGUAGCAUUGAUUGUAGCGAUGUCCCGUCACUUCCAGAUAUAAACACAAUACAAAAUCCUGCACUAAGUUCUGAACCUAGUCCUGAACUGAGUUUUGAAGUUACAUCAUCAAGUUCGUCGAUAGCAAGCAAAUUAAUUCCGGUUUUAUCGAUAUUUGGUGCAAUAGCAAUUUUUUUGGGAAUUUCUUAUAAGUAUUCGUUAUUUGGAUUUCGGAAACGAACCCAAAAACAACAUUUAAGAGAAAAGAUAAAAAGAUAA